UCAGACGAUUGUUUGGCUUUUGCAAUUCAAUCAGAUGAUGCUAAUCAGGAAAAUGCGCGUAAAGGAGGGAAGCAAUCUGAAGCCAAAAUAAUUCCAAAAGUUAUUGUCGAUAUGAGAGAAUUUAGAAGUGAAUUACCAACUAUUCUGUAUAUGCGCGGUAUAAAAAUUGAACCAGUGACAUUAGUGGUUGGUGAUUAUAUUUUAACACCAGAAAUAUGUAUUGAGAGGAAAAGUAUAUCUGAUUUAAUUGGUUCUUUACUUCCCGGGAGAUUGUAUAAUCAAGCAGUUUCUAUGACAAAGCAUUAUGCUAAACCUAUGCUUCUCAUAGAAUUUGAUCAAAAUAAACCAUUCUGUUUUCAGGGAAAUUAUUAUGUUAGUAAAGAUCUUAAAAGUAGUGAUAUAAUGGCUAAACUGCAAUUAUUAACUCUUCAUUUUCCUAAACUAAAAAUUGUAUGGUCUCCUUGUCCACAUGGUACGGCGCAAUUGUUUGAAGAAUUAAAGAUGAAGGUCUGGGAAGUAGCAAAGUUUCUAAAGUACGUGGUAAGAGAUUUUUCUCUAGAGUAA